AUGCUCACGCGCAGCAGCCUACUUCGAGUCGCUACAACAGGGACUAAGACCACCACUAAGGACAUUGCGAAGCGACCUGCUACUGCGUCCUCCGUCCCGACUGUCUCGCCCGCUGUAGUGCGCUCCCUCUACCGCAGUCUCUACCGCGAGGUCACCCGCCUUGACAAGGAGCCAGUGCUGAAGAUACUGUUCCCGUGCAACCACGAGUUGCAGUCGGUGCUUGGCGUCCCUGGGCCACUGCACGUCCCGGGCUGCCAGAGGUACACAGAUGUGCUGCGCGAUGUCUUCAGAGAUGCAACGCGUAUCCCCAAGAUUAACUUGGCAUUUGAUACCCUCAAUCGACUGCGUGCUCACUACGAGAACGUCAAGGCAAAACUGCCGACCAUGGACAAGGAACGCACACAGCUGCUCGCAUCUCUGCGGAGCUCGGCCGUAGCGGAGCGACGAAAGAGCUUCUUUCGCGCGCAGCCCAUCAGACCAACGCCGGGGGCAGGCCCCAGGUAUGUUCAGGCUGCUCCAGGUGUGCCCACCCGUGUGGUGCUGCGCGAGGUUCGCCACAACCUUGACCUUUGUGAGGGUACGCUGCUGCUGGCUCACCCGCUUUCCUCGGCCCACGUGGACCGGCGCGUGAUGCUGAUCACGGAGUGCACCCCCAUCCUGACGAGCGCCCUGGUGCUGGAUCUGCAGUUCACGUACCCGCUGUCACGCGGCAACUCGAUGUUCCCUGAGGUGUUCUGGGGCCACGACGUAUACGAUGGCGGCUUCAGUCAAAUCGGCUUCACGAUGCCGCCAACGGCUCAGAUUGCGGUGUUGCACACGCUAGAGUCGCACGAUACCGUGACAAACAGCAGCGAGUCGUCCUCGGGCGAGUCCUCGGUGAUGAGCUGGCUGAAAUGGAAGGGCCCGCCAAGCACCGGUGGCACCGACACCAGUCACGUGACAGCCACGUCAGCGGGAAGCUGCUCGCCUGAAGCCGUCAAAAAACACGGGCUCUUUUGCCGCCCACUCAUCCCUGGCGGGGUGUUGGACAACGGUGCUCGUGAGCCCACGCUUUACCUCUCCAAAGCUGAGGCCCUCCCGUACCUCGCAGAGCUUGCCAAGGGGCAGCCGCGUUCCUCGUUGCGCGUCUACUGGGGGAACAUGCGCUGGACGACUAGCCAACUCGAGGCGGAGGUGGCGAGCGGGCAUUGGAUGCCGGUGAAGACGUCGCCGAGCUUCUUCCGAGCGUACGCGCUCUCCGCCACAAGUGACGAUGCUGCGGAGCGCUUCCCAACGGCGGCACAGCUCGCAGAGGCAAAACAGCUGCGGGAGAAGCGCUAUGGUGCGGACAUCACCCCUCCUCAGGUGUUCCCGCCAGACCAGAUUAUGCGCCGUCGCGAGUGUCUAUGGGAUGAGAUCAUGUUCGCCUUGGGUGGGGAGUACGCAGCACUGGUGGGGUGCUCCAACCCGUUCUCCGACAGCCCUCGGUGGUCGUCACUGCAAAUUCUGGCCCCGCACAUGUCGCCGCUCCCCCUCUCCACUGAAGGGGACGAGAUGGCGGCAGCAGCCGAGGUAGGCGUCGCUGCUGCUGCCGAUGAGGUGUUGGCCAGCGAAGUUGUCUUAGACGAGGACACGGAUGAAAGCGAUGAUGACGAUGACAAGGACGAACUUGACGAGACCGUCUUUGUGCCCGGUACUUCAGAUAUUCUGGAGCACAAAAUAACUGAUACAAAGCCUCAGCAAGUGGGCCACCGAGAUGUGGCGCCGUCAGCACCUCCGCCCUUCAAGAAGGACAACAGCAACCACAAGGACGGAGACGACAGCGCCUAA